AUGGCUGCUGUCCCUCAAAAUAAUCUACAGGAGCAACUAGAACGCCAUUCAGCCAGAAAACUUAAUAAUCAAUUAAGUCUUUCAAAACCAAAAUCUUUAGGUUUCACUUUUAAAAAGAAAACAUCUUCUGAUAGUGAUAUGUCUGGGACUAGUGUGUCAGUAGCAAAAACCCCAAAAACCCCCGUGUUAAGUGACAAAGAUGUUAAUGUUGCUGAGGCCUUUUCCUUCAGUGAGCCAGCGCCUCUCCCCACAAGUCAACAGACACGGCUCCAUAGCUUCGUUCAAAUUGCUCCAGCUGUACAACAAACCUCAAGGGGUGGCUCAAAACCACUGGCUUUGUUGCAGACUCCACAGGAAGAUGCAUGUACUGCCCAAAGCACACCACCAGCUCUGAGGGAAUCGCAUGAUGUUGCUUUCAAGAAAUUAGAAUUCAGCUCUUCAUCAGAUUCUUACAUUACUACCAUCAAUGAUUGGGAUGAUCUGGAUGACUUUGCCAUUUCUAAGAAUUCAAAAGCACUUGUUACACCACUCAAAACCCACAACGUAAGAGUAAGCACUGCCCAGAAAUCCAGAAAGACUAAGAGAAACAUUUUAAAAGCACAGCUUCCAAAAGCAAAUACAGGAAAGGCUGACUUGACGUCUUCCUUUACUGAAAGCGAGCAAGUGGAUUUGACUAAAGAACUACAGAAUGACUCCGAAUGGUUAAGUUGCGAUGUGAUUUGCAUAGAGGAUGAACCCCUUUCCAAAGGGCUUGUAAAUGAAGAGAAUCACUCUUUAAAAACUCAUUUGGGAGAUGAAAGAGAUAACAGUGAAAAGAAGACAAGUUUGGAAGAAACGGAACUACACUCAAAUGAGAAACCUCCAUGUAUUGAACUGAAUGAGGAUGAUUACGAUAUAGAUUUUGUUCCACCUUCUCCAGAAGAAGAAACUUCUGCCUCCUCUUCCUCUUUAAAAUGUUUUAGUGUGGUACAAGACCUUGAUACCGCUGACGGAAAGAAGGAUGCUCUGAGCACAUCUCAGGACCUUUUGUCAAAACCUGAGGAAAUGACUGUGCAGCACCCUAAUCAAGGAACCAGCACAGGCUAUGACGCUAAAUGGUUAAGAUUACAUCAGCGGCUUAUUCAAGUCAUGGAAGACAUCUGUAAAUUGGUGGACGCCAUUCCUGCUGAUGAACUGAAAGCUUUGGAUUGUGGGAAUGAACUCCUUCAUCAACGGAACAUAAGAAGGAAACUCCUCGCGGAAGCAGAUCUACACGGAAGCCAGGCUGGUUUUCCCGGCUCACUGUGGAGAUGCGGGCCUAAUUUACUUGAUAGCUCUGUGAAAGGUGUAACAUUAUCACAGGGUAAUUUCUGUCCUACAGAGAAUUCUCUUAAGGAGUUUCAUUUUUCACACCUUUCCUCAAACUCCAUUUCCACUGGGGAAUGUUUACCCACUACCACCCCAGGAAAGACAGGAUUCUCAGUCGCCACUAAAAAUCUCUUUGAAAGACCGUUAUUCAGUUCCCAUUUACAGAAGUCCUUUGUAAGUAGCUACUGUGCUGAAACACCAAGGAGAGAAGAAAGAAACGCGAGCUUGCGUUUCCCAGGAAAUGUUCUCACAAGCACUGCUGUGAAAGAUGUGAGUAAACCCAAGGCCUCACUAGAUGACUUAGAAAGAAGAGAGGUUUCAGAAAUCCAGGCUUCCUAUGAUCUCCAUCAUUUUGACAUAGACGACUUUGAUGAUGAUGAUGACUGGGAAAAUAUAAUGCAUAAUUUAACAGCCAGCAAAUCUUCCACAGCUGCCUACCCACCUAUUAAGGAAAGGCGGCCAAUUAAAUCCGUAUCGGAAGGAAUUUCUUCAGCCAAGACCAACUGUCUUCCAGUAGUAUCUACUGCUCAAAAUAAAAACUUCUCAGAGUCAACUCAUAAUUAUACCGACAGGCCAGGGCAAAAUUUUGCCUCCACAAAUCUGAAACAUGAGCAUUUCCAAAGUCUCAAUUUUCCUCAUACAAAAGAAAUGAUGAAAAUUUUUCAUAAAAAAUUUGGCCUGCAUAAUUUUAGAACUAAUCAACUAGAGGCGAUCAAUGCUACACUGCUUGGUGAAGACUGUUUCAUCUUAAUGCCCACUGGAGGCGGUAAAAGCCUGUGUUACCAGCUACCCGCCUGCAUAUCUCCUGGGGUCACUAUUGUCAUCUCUCCCUUGAGAUCACUAAUAGUGGAUCAGGUCCAAAAGCUGACUUCCUUAGAUAUUCCAGCUACCUAUCUGACAGGUGAUAAGACUGACUCAGAAGUUACAAGUAUUUACCUCCAAUUAUCAAAAAAAGAUCCAAUUAUAAAACUUCUAUAUGUUACUCCAGAGAAGAUCUGUGCAAGUAACAGACUGAUUUCUACUCUGGAGAAUCUCUACCAGAGAAAGCUCUUGGCACGUUUUGUUAUUGAUGAAGCACAUUGUGUCAGUCAGUGGGGACAUGAUUUUCGCCAAGAUUACAAAAGAAUGAAUAUGCUUCGCCAGAAGUUUCCCUUGGUGCCCGUGAUGGCUCUCACUGCCACAGCGAAUCCCAGGGUACAGAAGGACAUCCUCACACAGCUGAAGAUUGUCAAACCUCAGGUGUUUAGCAUGAGUUUUAACAGACAUAAUCUGAAAUACUAUGUAUUACCAAAAAAGCCUAAAAAGGUGGCAUUUGAUUGCUUGGACUGGAUCAGAAAGCAUCACCCACACGACUCGGGGAUAAUUUACUGCCUCUCUAGGCGAGAAUGUGACACAAUGGCUGACACAUUACAGAAAGAUGGGCUCGAUGCGCUUGCGUAUCACGCCGGCCUCAGUGACGGUGCUAGAGAUGAAGUGCAGCACAAGUGGAUCAAUCAGGAUGGUUGCCAGGUUAUCUGUGCCACAGUUGCAUUUGGAAUGGGGAUUGACAAGCCGGAUGUGCGAUUUGUGAUCCAUGCAUCUCUCCCUAAAUCCAUGGAGGGUUACUACCAGGAAUCUGGUCGAGCUGGAAGAGAUGGGGAAAUAUCUCACUGCCUGCUUUUCUACACCUAUCAUGAUGUGACAAGACUGAAAAGACUUAUAUUGAUGGAAAAAGAUGGAAACCAACAUACAAAAGAGACUCACUUCAAUAAUUUGUAUAGCAUGGUACAUUAUUGUGAAAAUAUAACGGAAUGCAGGAGAAUGCAGCUUUUGGCUUACUUUGGUGAAAAUGAGUUUAAUCCUGAUUUUUGUAAGAAAUACCCAGAUGUUUCUUGUGAUAAUUGCUGUAAAACAAAGGAUUUUAAGACAAGAGAUGUGACUGAUGAUGUGAAAAAUAUUGUAAGAUUUGUUCAAGAACAUAAUUCAUCACAAGGAAUGAGAAAUAUAAAAUAUGUAGGUCCUUCUGGAAGGUUUACUCUGAAUAUGCUGGUUGACAUUUUCCUGGGGAGCAAAAGUGCAAAAGUUCAAUCGGGAAUAUUUGGAAAGGGAUCUGCUUACUCACGACACAAUGCCGAAAGACUUUUUAAAAAGCUGAUCCUUGACAAGAUUUUAGAUGAAGAUUUAUACAUCAAUGCCAAUGACCAAGCAAUCGCCUAUGUGAUGCCUGGAAUGAAAGCCCAAGCUGUACUGAAUGGGCAUUUAAAGGUAGACUUUAUGGAAACGGAAAACUCCAGCGGUGUGAAAAAACAAAAGGCAUUAGAGGCGAAAGUAUCGCAGAGGGAAGAGAUGGUUAAGAAAUGUCUUGGAGAACUGACAGAGGUCUGCAAGUCUCUGGGGAAAGUUUUCGGUGUCCAUUACUUCAAUAUUUUUAAUACAGCCACUCUCAAGAAACUUGCAGAGUCUUUAUCUUCUGAUCCUGAGGUUUUGCUUCAAAUUGAUGGUGUGACUGAAGACAAACUGGAGAAAUAUGGUGCCGAAGUGAUUCCAGUAUUGCAGAGAUACUCCAAGUGGACAUUGCCAGCUGAGGACAGAUCCCCCCGGAGAAGCGUUCCCAGCAGCACAGGCUCUGCCAGAAAUGACUCUGAGGAGCUGGAUGAGGAAAUACCCGUAUCGUCUCACUAUUUCGCAAAUAAAACCAAAAAUGAAAGGAAGAGGAAAAGGAUGCCCACCUUCCAAAAGUCUAAAAGGAGGAAAAGUGGCUUCAGUGCCAAGGGGGGCUCUACCACGUGCAGAAAGACAUCUUCUAAAACUAAGCCCUCGGACACAUUUGGAUCCAGCUCAGCCUUCCUUGGUUCUCAAGUGACUUCAGUAGCUAGUAGGAAACUAGGGAUUAUGGCUCCACCAAAGCCUAAAAAUAGACCAUUUCUUAUGCCAUCGUAUGCAUUUUCUUAA